AUGGCGAACAUGCAAACUCCAUCAUCACCUCCUCAACCUCCAACACAUGUAAACCAAAUCACCAUUCUUAGCAUCGAUGGAGGUGGAAUAAGAGGAAUUAUACCAGGAACUAUCCUUGCCUUUCUAGAGUCUGAGCUUCAGAAGCUGGAUGGUGCAGAUGCAAGGCUUGCAGACUACUUUGAUGUGAUUUCAGGGACUAGCACUGGUGGCCUGGUGACGGCUAUGCUAGCUGCACCGAAUAAGCAAAACCGCCCUUUGUUUGCUGCUAAAGACAUCAAUGACUUCUACCUUGAGAACUGCCCUAAAAUAUUUCCUCAAGACAGCUCUCCGUUUGCCUCGGCUGCAAAUCUUGUCAAGACAUUGAGAGGGCCAAAAUAUGAUGGGAAAUUCUUGCAUAGCAUUGUCAAGGAAAAGUUGGGAAAUACACAGUUGCACCAGACAUUGACAAAUAUUGUGAUCCCAACUUUUGACAUCAAGCGCCUCCAGCCAACUAUCUUUUCUACCUAUCAGGUGAAGAAUAACCCAUCAAUGGAUGCCCUUUUGUCGGAUAUCUGCAUUGGAACUUCAGCUGCUCCGACUUAUCUCCCUGCCUAUUAUUUUGAAACCAAAGAUCCAUCAGGCAAAGUUAGAGAAUUCAAUCUUAUUGAUGGUGGUGUGGCAGCAAACAAUCCAACUUUAGUUGCCAUCAGUGAAGUUUCAAAAGCAAUCAAUCGGGAGGGACCUGACUCCUACCGCAUGAACCCGAUGGAAUAUGGCCGAUUUCUAGUCCUGUCCCUGGGCACUGGUACAGCAAAAUCAGAAGAAAAGUAUGAUGCAGAAGAAGCAGCUAAAUGGGGUCUCUUGGGAUGGUUGACUAGUGAUCAUUCUACUCCAUUAGUGGAUGUUUUCACACAAGCUAGUGCUGACAUGGUUGAUUUUCAUAUUUCUACUGUUUUUCAAGCCCUUAACUCCGAGGAAAAUUAUCUUCGAAUUCAGGACGACACAUUGACGGGAACGCUUUCAUCUGUGGAUGUUGCCACAAAAGAGAAUUUGGAGAAUCUUGUGAAAGUGGGCGAGGAAUUGUUGAAGAAACCAGUUUCAAGGGUGAAUUUGGCUACCGGAGUCUUUGAACCUAUUAAUAAGAUGACUAAUGAAGAGGCUCUCAGAAAGUUGGCUAAAUUACUCUCAAAGGAGAAGCAUUUUCGUGAGGCUAAAUUAGCUGUUGGAAAUUAAAGCUACUACUCCAAAAUGGACAUGAUUCAUAGAUAAUUUGACUAUUCAUUUGUUGUUUUAUUAUUGAAAAUUAAAUUAUUAGAUGCAAAUAAAAUCUGGAAGAAAUAAUUUAUUACUUUGUAAGAUAGUCUUCGAAUAAAGAUGCUAUGCACA